UUUAUCAAGGGUCCACCAGGAACUGGAAAAACUACAAGCAUCCUGUGUUUAGCCAGGAAGUUGUUAGGUUCUGCUUACAAGGAAGGUGUUCUGGAGUUAAAUGCGUCCAAUGAUAGGGGUAUUGACGUUGUAAGAAACAAGAUUAAAAUGUUCGCACAGAAGAAAGUGACUUUACCAGUUGGAAGACAGAAAAUUGUAAUUCUGGAUGAAGCAGAUAGCAUGACCGAUGGCGCACAGCAGGCUCUUAGGCGUACCAUGGAGAUCUAUUCCAAGACAACUCGUUUCGCUCUAGCUUGCAAUACUUCUGACAAGAUCAUUGAGCCGAUACAGUCAAGAUGUGCCGUACUUCGCUACUCAAAGUUGACAGAUGCACAGGUCCUCAGUAGGCUGUUAGAGGUGUGCGAGGCGGAGAAUGUUACAUAUACAGACGAGGGGCUGGAGGCGAUCAUCUUCACAUCACAGGGUGACAUGCGGCAGGUUGGGAAGAGUUGUCUCUUUGCCUUGUUAAUAAUAAUAAUGAUGUCAUUCACAUUUAUAUAAAAUAAAAAAAAGUGUACCAGAAAAAAAAAAGUACCAGAUUUCCAAAGGCUUUUAAGAUGUAUAUGAAACAGUUAAAACCAAUAAGGAUUUGUUCCUGGGGUGGCGCCAGGAUUUGCCCGACGGGGGGUCAGAUUUCCCUGACGAAAGCAAAGUGGGCGUGGUCGAGCUUCUCCCCGACGAAUUGUGUUUAUUCUCCCCGACGGGGCGGGGGGGCUAGCUCUCCUCUACCCCCCCAAAUCCCCCGCUGGCGCCACCCCUGAUUUGUUCCUUCUAUAUUUGACCCCUCCAGUACAGGAGGAAUGUUUAACCCUUUCACUGCGUGUACCCGGUAAUACCGGGUAUAAACACAUAUUGUUGAAUUGCGCGUACCCGGUACUACCGGGUAUGUAGAAAAAAUAUUGUUAAAAAUCAGGAAGAGGUUCUGUGCCCUCUAUAGUUUUUUUCUAUGAACUAUAAUUAACCUUUUAUCGGAAAAAAGUGUUUUCGAGUGGUUAGGCGCAAAAUGGCGGGUGCACGGCCUCAAAACAGACGGUACAAUGUCCACGAAGCUAUGGACCAGAUCUUUGCAGAUACGGAUAGUGAAGAUAACUUUGAAUUGGAUGAUUCUUGCAUUUUUUUUCCCCCAGUCGACUAUGAUAGUGACGACAGUGAUUCUAAGGACGAAAACGAUGAUUCUCUCAACUUGGGAGGCCAUGCACAGAGUCAAGGUGGCAAUGCCUUGUCCGCAGAUUUCCUUUCCACAUUUCACACAAUAGAACAGGCUAAUUUGUAUAGUUCUAAAAUAAAGUAACCGUAUGAUGUUUGCAACGAUGCAUUUAUAUUUACAACCUGGAUUAUAUAAAGCAC